CAGCCCGAGCGCGCCGGGGGACCACAGUGGAGCGUCCUGUGCACGGCGUGAAGGCACCCGGGGGCCUCAUUCGCCUACCUGACAUCUUCUACACACUUGAGGACGAAGAAGAAGAAUUUUUGGGUGAUGCUCGGCGCGCCAUCUUGCUCCGAGCAGAGCAAAAUAAGUGUUGGUUUUUUUGCAGUUUUUGUGAGUUGUCCCAAGGGGGAAUCCACUCCUUCCUGGCGUCUCGGCUGAGGGUCCUCGGCUGUCAUCCCGCACACAAGAGAGGACCUCAAAGUUUGCAGCCACGAUGAUGUCCUACAUCAAACAACCGCAUUACACCAUGAACGGCUUAAAUUUGCCCGGCCCUGGCAUGGAUAUGCUGCACACCACUGUUGCUUAUCCUUCCACACCGAGAAAGCAGCGGAGGGAGCGGACCACCUUCACCAGAACACAACUGGACAUCCUGGAGGCUCUGUUUUCGAAGACCCGCUACCCAGACAUCUUCAUGAGGGAGGAAGUAGCGCUCAAGAUCAACUUGCCAGAGUCACGUGUGCAGGUGUGGUUCAAAAACCGCCGUGCCAAAUGCCGCCAGCAGCAGCAGCAGAGCAAUGGCCAGUCCAAACCCCGCCCCCCCAAGAAGAAGGCCUCGCCGGUGCAGGAGCCCACCAUCCCAGAUCCCGUCCCCAACCCGUCCGGCUCAUUCAGCCCCUCGCCGGUCCAGGUAGGCCCCAGCCUGGCCCAGGGUUCCGGUGGCGGAAACACGGCCGUGUCCAUCUGGAGCCCGGCCAUCUCGCCCCUCCCUGAUCCCCUGGCCUCCUCCACCGCCCCCUGCAUGCAGAGGCCCUCACCAUACCCCAUGAGCUACGGCCAGCCGUCCGCCUACAGCCAAGGCUACGCCAGCACCACUUCUUACUUCACGGGUCUGGACUGCAGCGCCUACCUGUCCCCCAUGCACUCGCAGUUGUCGGGGACCGGGGGCGCCCUCAGCCCCAUCACCGUGCCCUCCAUGGGGGGCUCCCUCAGCCAGUCACCGGCCUCACUUUCUUCACAGGGCUAUAGCACCGCCUCCUCCUUGGGCUUCACCUCUGUUGACUGCCUGGACUACAAGGACCAGCAGGCCUGGAAACUGGGCUUCACCACAAUGGACUGCCUGGACCAUAAGGACCAAAACUCCUGGAAGUUCCAGGUCCUCUAGAGAAGCUACGCCUCUUGGCAUGCGUAUAUUGUUAGUUGCCAGGCGUGCGGCUUUCUUGUUUGUAUGAGUUUGAUGUUACUUUAAAAGGCCGCCAUUUUAGAGGAGACGUUCACCUGAAUACAUUUGGACAACAAACGCCUUUCAAGAGUUUGUAGAAAAAGACUGCACAUAGAGACACAGCUCUAUGCUAUUUUAUUUAUUUUGACUUAUUUCUUUGGUUUGAUGUCAUUUGCUUGAUGUUCUUAAGCGUUUGUGUUCAGUACAGCCAGUGUUAGCAUGUAGCGGACCUUCUGUUUUAGCUGUGUGUCAUAUUAAAGCCAUUUAUUCUGGACACGUUUGUGCACUGAUAAUCCUUCGGAGAUUUUAAACCGUACAGUACACUCGGAGUGGUUAUGUGCUGAUAGACAAAAUAUUAGAUACAGCGCAACAUGUUCAACCAAAUACUGAUAUCGAUCCGAUACAAUAUCAGCACAAAUGAUACAUACGUUUUACUUAUUUUGUAGUGUGGAACAUUAGAAAAGGCUCGAUCAGGUGGUAUGUUGCAACUGCAUGCUGGUUUUAUUCAGAUAGUCUAAAAUGGACUGUAAAUGCUACUAAUUAGUUGUAUUUACACUUCUGAGUCUCAUUUGCAAGUACGAUAUGCACUCAUUUCAGUUUGUCCUAGGUGUGUUGCCGUAGUCAGGAAGUAGUUUUUGCCAUUAAGCUGAAUUUACCAGUCUUGUCUUUUGUUGAAAGUGUACAAUGUACAAUCGCCAAUGCUAAUUAGUAGCAUAUAGUACAGUAUAGUCAAUGUAAAUUAGCGUCGAGCUAAAGACAUUUCUCUUAUGCUGAAAUGUCACUGAGAAGUUUUUUUGAAUCUCAUGUAAGGUACAUACAUGACAAACUUUUUUUUGUGUAUGUUCAGUUUUACACUGUUUUGAAGUUAGGACUCUUAAAAGGCUCUCAAAUUAAAGACAACCUGAAGAGACGAUAGCGGGAACAGAACAGACUGCUUGUAUCGGAGUUUUUAUAUCGGAGAUUUUAGAUAGAGCCUUAUAGAAGCGGUCGACCAUUUUUGCUGACAUAAAAUCUGAGACCCAAAGUGGUCUUUUCUAUGAAAGUCGACCAACACAUGGAGUCUAGGUCCCACGUGUUCUUUUUGUCACUAAAAAGGGCCCUUUUAAAUUGACUUACAUUUUUUUUUAAAUGUUAUCUAUAGAUUUUAAGUUAACAAAACCUCAAUCUACAGUAGUAUCUACACCAAAUUACUAUACAUUGAAAAACGGUAACACUUCUAUUUUUGUAGUUCAAUUCUGGCGACUGAGCUGACAGUUUAUUUUAAUCAUAAAAUGUACGGCUUUAUUUUUGUUUUUGUUUUGUAGAUUGAAAAACAAUACCACUGUUAUUUUUAUGGUAAAAUUUUUGCGAAUGAGCUGCCGUUAUUUUUUUUCACCAUAAAAUUUACGGGUCGUUUUUACAGUGCUUUGUAAAAUGGUGAAA